CGCCAGGUCCAAGCCCAACUUGCAGUGUAGCAGUCAGUCACUGCGGCCCAAGCUCCGACUCCUUCUUCCUCCUCCGAGCCUGCGUGCCUGCCCGUUCUCCUUGAAUCGUCGUCUAUCUCUGUGUGUGUGUGUGUCCCAGGAAUUACUCUGGACGCGACAAAUUGCUUGGACAAUCACAGACGCCAUCGUCUUUGGCCAUUAACGCUGACAGUACACUAACCUGUCGCCUGAAACUUGUUGGUGAGCUUGCAAUGCUAGGCUCUGGCUAUGGGAACAGACCUCUUCUGUGUUCUCUGCUGUAAAACGUCUGACCGAGGAUCGCAACGAUUUAGCCGGAAGCUGGAUGAUACCACCAUGGAAAUUGUAUUGUUGCACUUGGUUACAAGUUGAAGCAACAAACACAGAUUGUUGGAGUAAUCGUGUCUUGGAUUCCCUAUGGAGUUUAGGUUCCUGUGAUUCGAAUGGGGGCACUGAUCCAAUUGUUACCGUGGUCAAUUGAUGUGCUAGCAACACAUCAUGGCAGAACCUUUCCGUUGCGUUCGGAAAUGUGUCAGAAGUUCUAUAUGGAGGAGUUGUUAUCUGAAUGUGUACGGAGUGUCGGGUGCUGACGAGAUCUCUGGGGAAUGGUGGCAACUAGUCCAUUAUCAUGCACGAUGGAGGUGAUGGUUUGGUGCAACGUUUAACGGGUGUAAGGUUAGAAUACACUUCCGAGUUAUUGCAACUAUGAAAACAACGGCUGUGCAAGUGAAAAUCACUCUGAACUCUAGUUGUUGUGUAUGUUUUUAUCAGAUUCUGCAAUUCAAUCGUUGGAAGCUUGUUCAAUAUUGUUUGCUUCUCAUUGGGUUUUCCAUUAAGAUGAGAUUUGUGUUGUUGCGAGUUGAAACGGUCUCUCUGGCAGAUUUAGCGUUCACUGGGUACUUAGGUUGAUUGAUUAGCUCUAGACUGAUACAAGUCCUUUUUCCUUAACACGAUCAGUCAUCAGCGAUACUAUCGAUUAGGGGCACAACAUUUGUGUCGGCACAUUCAGGGACUUGGAGAGUAUUAAGAGAGUCAUGGUGGAGCCAAAGGGAAAUGUAGAUUCGUUGGUUCCAUUUGCAUCUGAAGCCAAAGCGGCGUUCAGCAUGUUCAAAGACAAGAGACCUGUCAAGACCAAUGGCUCACAUCAAUCUUACCUCCUGGACGAAUCAACUAAACACAUUGAUUCAUACCAUUCGCUGGGUUCCCAGACCGUGGUUGGUUCCAGUCAUCUCACUGAGAGGACUGUUGCCCUUGAGUCGGAACUUCAACGUGCUCACGAGGAAAUCAACAAGUUGAAAGAACAAUUAGCUGUCUCAGAACGUGCCAAGGCACAGGCUUUAACAGAAUUCACCAACAUCAAGAGUCUCCUCGAUCACAUAUCCCUUGUCGAACAUUUCGCAGCUUCUGACGACGUGGAGGUGGAGGCUGUACCAUUACCAUCGAAUUGGAGGGAGGAUUCGAGCGGGCAACUUGACACAGCACUUCACAAGGAAGUCGAAAGACUUAACAAUGAGCUUGAAGAUGCAAAGAAUCUCAAUUUAAAGUUUGCAGCAGACCUUGAUAAUGCAAAGCACGAGAUUGAAAGAGUACGUUAUGAAACGACCUCUUUACAGCUUGAGGAUUCUCGAACGGAAAUAUCUAGGCUGCAGUCUGUGCUUGCAGCUGAAAGGGAUCAGCAUAGAAGCGUGUAUUUAGAGCUUGAGAUUGUAAAGAAGAAUGUUAGUACUUUGCAGGCAACUUUGAGCGAUGUUCGGAGCCAUCAUGAUACCUGUAGCUUAGAGCUGGCAAGAGCGAAAGAAGAAAUUACUUGGCUUGAAGCUGAUUUACAGGCUGCACAAAAUUUGACUGUAGAGCUUGCUCAUGCGAAGGAUAAUAUUCAUGUACUACAUGAAGGUAUCGAAGUUGCGCAGAGAUUGCAGAAAUCUUCGUCGAUGGAGCUUUAUGAAGUGAAAGAAGAGAUUUCUAGAUUGCGGAGUCAAUAUGAAUUCUCUUCCUCAGAACUUGCUACCGCGUUAAGAGAUAAUAAUGCACUGGAAGCAGAAUUAGAGGACUUGCGAGGUUUGCAUGAAGCCUCUUACAUGGAUAUCCUGGUUGCGAGAAAUGAGACUCUUGGUAUUCAUGCGGAUUAUGAAGCUUCACUCUCAGCAUGUGCGGAUGCGAAAGAAGAGAUCCAUAGACUACAGGAUGAGUUGACAGCCGCAUUGGCUCGUUGUGAGGAAUGCACUACCGAGCUAAAGAGUACAAAAGAAGAGUUGCAUAAUGUACAAAAAACUUUACAACAUGGAAUUGGUCAGUAUGAUACCAUUUUCAAUGAGCUUUCAGAAGCUAAAGGAGGGAUGGAGAAGUUAAGAGCUGAAUUGAGAGCGUUGCAUGAGGAGUACGAAACCUGCUCCUCGGCGCUCUUCAGUGCAAACAAAGAUAUUUGCAGGCUUGAGGCGGAACAACUAGCCAAUCGUGAGAACUUUGCCACCGACAUCAAAAUUGCCCAUGAAGACAAUUUGAAAUUACAGACUGAACUAACAGCGUUAGAGGCUGCGAAGGACAUCUUAACAGCAGAUCUUGCUAAAGAGAGGGAAGAGAUAAAGUAUGUGCAGACCGAGCUUGAGGCAGCAUGCAAAGAAUUAUUUAGUGCAGGAAUAGAAAUUACCAGAUUGUGUGGUGAGUUGAGUGCAUCACAGGGACAGCACGAAAAAUGUCGGAAGGAGCUAGCAACUCUCAAGGAUGUCCCAGUGGAUUCUGAGUUUGAACUGACCCAAAUUAAGGAGCUCUACAAUAUUGUAUUGGCAAUGCUCAUUAGUGUAAUAGAAGAGAUCGCAAAGCUGCAACUUGUAUAUACGGAAGAGUUUGAGAGCUCAUUGGAAGUAGUUAGGGGUUUGAAGGAGGAUAUUCGUGAAGUGCAGGCUGAUGUUAAAUUGGACUUUAACACACUGAUAUUAGCGACGUCCUUAUCAGAAAAGAAAAUAGGGGAGUUGACUGUGGAGUUGAUGGCCGCAAAUGAUCUAGUGGAGAAGGCGACUGCGGCACAGAUGAAGUCUGAGACUAAACCUGCAGCAUCUAUCAGCAAAGACAUAGUAGCUACUUGUACUCUAUGUGCUGAUCUUGAGGCAGUGCGGGGUGAUCUUGUAACGGCUAGAAAAGCAGAAAGCAAGCUAGAGGGAAUGACCCUGGAAUUGGAGGAAUUGAGGUCUCAGAUUAAAGAUGUCGAGGCGAAGUACCGAGAAACUGUCAACAGUUCACAGGCAGAGAUCAAUGAUCUCAAAACCCAGUUGUAUGCUUUGAAAGAUGCAGAAGCGAAGUCUAAAGAGUCUUCAGUUGCUACUAGUGCUGAGCUGCAAAAGGUGAAGGAUGAACUGGUGAUAACAAAGCAAGCAGUAGACUGGGUAGGUGGGGAAGCUGCCGCAUUAUGCGCGCAGGUGGAGGCCUUGAAAGCUGAGGCAUCUACCUCGAAAGAAGGCGAAGCACGGGCUAAAGCUGCCUUCAUGGAUUACAGUUUGAAGCUUCAGAGAAUGAAAAUAGAUCUUGAAGAUGCUUCAAAGCUCGCUGACAAAGUACCUAUCGAAGCCCAGCCUAUCAAAACUCAGGCGAGGACGUUCAAACUGGACCUAGACGAAGCAACCGCAAAACUGCAAAAGGCGAACGAGGCAGAGAGGACAAUGGCAGCCUCCAUGGCGGAUUUAAGGGCAGACCUUAAUAAUACAAGAGCAGAAUUGACAGCAAUACGAGAGGAUAAUGGAGUAGCUUUGGCUGAAAAGGACCACCAAUAUGAAAUGAAACUGAAUCAAAUGAGGGCGCAACUGGAGGCUGCGGUAAUCUCGGAGACAACGUUGAAAGAUGCAAAUCUUGCUUUGAAUGAGUCCUUGACCAAGGUAAUAGCUGAGGCAGAGGAAGCUACGUUUCACGCUGGACAAGCUACUGAAGAAGCUGAGAGGAGUAGGCUAGAGGUUGAGGAAGCGCAGGCGCACAUUGAAACCAUCGAUGCGAAAUUGCAGGCUUUACAACUCGAAGUUGACACAGUCAAAGCAAGUGAAGAAUGGGCUUUUGCACAGAUGAGGUUGAAGACUAUACCGGAGUUCUACGGUAUGAAACGAGGGGAGGAACAGGGUGGUGAAAUAUCAAUGUCUCUCGAGGAGUACCAAAACUUAACAACUAAAACUAGAGACUUGCAAGAAUUAGUUAAUAAGCGUGCAGCUGUAGGGAUGGCUCAGGUAGAUGCAGCAAAAGCAAGUGAGAGGGAAAUGCGGCGGAAAGUUGAAAUAUUAGAGAAGGAAGUUCGGGCUUGUCGAAUUGAAUUGGACGAAGCAGUAACUAAGCGGGAGGAAGCUGAAGCAGCCAAAUUUUCUUGUGAAGCAGCUCUGCGGGUCAAAAGGAUGGAGGGAAAAUCUCUAUCAUUCUCAGGAGCAUUAAAUGGUGGUCAUCCAAUGGACAGGCUUAUUACUGGAGAGAGACAAGGCAGCAUGAAUAGCACAUGUACCUUAGAGGAUUCUCAAAGUAGUAGCCCUUCACGCUCUUCAUUUUCGUUUGCAAGCGGUGCCAGUCCAGGGCGUCAAGAGAGGUCGCCAGUGGAGUCCAGUGGUCAGCCUGUCAUGACCACGAAAACUCAAUCAGGGGAGAAACAAAAAAAGGUUAAAUUAUCCUCGAAAAUUGGUGCUUAUUUCAUCAAGAGAAAAGAUUCUACAAGGAAGUGAAAGACAUUUUUCUAGAUCUUUCUGUAUGUUGGCUGUUGACCACGGAGCAAUACUCUGUUCACCAACUUGCUAUCUACUUUUCUCGCUUCAAAAUGAGAUCCCAUAGCAGAAUAGGGAUCAUACUAUUUUGACCAAUGACUGAUGCGGCUGCUGGAAGUAGUUUCGGCGACGUCUUCAUGUACACGGGUGCAGAUUUUACCAUCAAUAUACUAUGGUGAGGUUAGUAGUGCUUCAAACCACAUCGACUGAAGCGUGUGAUGAGGUGUGGCCAGACUAGAUGUAUUUUCAAAUACUCUCCUUUGUGAGGAGUAUUGAAAAAGAGAAAGCCAAAACUCUGUCUAGUUUAUAUCUGAGUACAGUGUUUUGAGCUGAGCCUUGAAGUAGCUGUAACAAUCCGAGAAGCAAUCAAUUUUUUUGAUGGCUCCAUUAUGUUGGGGAAGGCAUCUUGUAUAAUACAACAGAGUGUUCAGAGCAACGCAAGAGCAGAA